AUGAAGAAAGGAAUAUUGAGAACGCGACAGCGCUUGCGUGCGGCCGGGAUUUAUUUGCGCGGCGCGGAAAGACGGAAGCACCGUGUAACUAGGUCAGUCGCGGACGGCGGCGACGACGACGACGACGACAACGACGACGACGACGAUGACGAUGACGACAACGACGGCAAGAGGAAAAAAAAGAGACCUUGUCCAUUAUAUAACUCUAAAAUGACAUUGGAGGAGGACCUGGUGAUACGCAGGAGCCGACCCACGAUGAUUUCCGCCAAGUAUCGCGCUCGUGAGGAACGCCGCCGCUUACUGAAGAUCUCCGCCGUGAAGCUCAGGAGGAUCGAGGAUCCUGAGGCGAGCCUGUGCAGAUCGGUGCUGAUAAAUAAUGCGGUGCGACGACUGCAGCGUGAGAAUCGAGAUGAGAAGACGCGAAAUUACGGGCUUCCGGUAGUGUCGUACAUGGACGACGCGAGCAAGGAGAACAGCGUCGCCAGCAACCUCAUCGCCGACGUAACGGACGAAGAGGCGUCGUCGAGGAAAAGGUUGGCCGAUGACUCGAGGAACGAUAUGCUGAGCCCUAAGAGGCAGAGGCACGACGACCUGGAUCUGCAGGACGAUGUAUUCAACGACUUCUACAUCCUGUCGCACUCGUCGCUACUUUCGCACAUCGACGACCUCCAGGACGUGCACACGUCGAAUCAUUCGAUGGUGAACAGCUACACGGAGGAUCGUCUGGGCGGUCUGACGGACGUGCGACCCGGCAGCACCGACAACGGCAGCAACCACGCCAGCACGACGACUAACGGCGACGCUAUUAACGGCGUGAACUGCUGCAGUAGCACGCUUCUUGGAUUUCCCGCGGUCCUCGACGACGACGCGAGCGCACAGCUAUCACGACCGGGCGACACCACGAUGGACGUGAGCGAUGUAGUGGAUCCCGAUCGAAUCUGCGACUUCGCCCGGUUUGCCGACUCGGCGAAAACGCUGGAGGAGCGGCUGGCCGAGCUGCAGUCGUUGGAUGAGCACCAGUUCGAUCUCACCAAGUUCGAGCGCAACAACAACCAGAGUUGCGGCCGCGCCUUUCACGACAUACAGACCUUCCACAGUUUGGUACCGGGGCUGGAGACCUAGACGACGGCGAUGCACCUGGAGCAUCGGUCUGACCUGGCACCGUCGUCUUCGUUGUCGUUGUCGUCGUC